UAUUCUGGAAGAGCUAUCCUCUUAUGGCGGACGAGCAGCGCCUUCACGUAGCGGUGCUCCCAACCACCGGCUCCGGCCACAUCAAUCCCAUGCUCGAGCUCUGUCGCCGCCUCGUCCCGCUAGGAUUCCAGGUAAGCUUCGUCUAUCCCAGCAAUCUAUGCCCCAAGCUGGAGUCGAGCCUUCGGCACGAUGAUCUUCACUUCCAAGUGGUGCCAACCCCAGCCUCGGACAAGCUUUUGCUCAUGGAUCCCGCGUUGCAAGAGGACGUGAGACCGGUUCUAGAGGCCCUCCGUCCACCAGUAAAGUGCCUUAUCGCUGAUAUGUUCUUAGGCUGGUCACAGGACGUGGCCGACAGCCUGGGGAUUCCACGAGUUGCCUUCAUUCCCAGUGACUCAGUCAUCGAAGCGAUGUGCUACCAUAUUCCAGAGCUUGUCUCCAGGGGUUUCAUUCCUGGCCAUGUUCCUGCCAAUGCCGAUCCAAAUCCGGACGCUUUGAUCGACUUCAUCCCUGGUCUCGAGCCUUUUACAAGAGAGUUGCUCCCUCUUGCCUUCCAGCACGGGGGACCCAUUGUGACCACUGUGGGAGUUGCAGCCAGACGAACAAAGGAUGCGGUUUGCAUUGUCGUCAACACGAUUGAGGAGUUGGAUCAGGAAGUUGUGAAUGGACGGAGGUUGCUAUUCUCCAGUUAUUUACCAGUCGGACCUCUGGUACCUGCGGAGCUUCUGCAAGAACAGCACCCGAUCACUCUCAGUUCUCCAAAUGACACUAGCAUGAUCUGGCUAGACAAACAAGCUUACCGCUCGGUUCUCUAUAUCGCUUUUGGCAGUGUUGUUACUCUGCCAGCCGACCAAGUGGAGAAGAUUGCAAGAGCUGUAAAAGCCACUCGUCAGCCAGUCUUGUGGGCGAUCAGGAGGAACUUUGCAAAAGACGUACCUGAGAACUUUUAUGAAAGCUUGCAAGAGAUAGUUGGGGCGCAAGCCUGCCUGGUGGUGGAAUGGGCUCCACAAGUAAACGUCUUGCGCCACUCCGCGGUUGGAGCCUUCUUAAUGCACGGUGGAUGGAACUCAGCUCUAGAAGCCCUGUGCUGUGGAGUACCAAUGCUUUGCUGGCCCUGCGGUAACGAUCAGAACUUGAAUGCUCUCACGAUAGUGAAGAAGUGGAGAAUUGGGAUAAUGGUGGCUCAUGGACCCAAAGACGAUGUGAGAAGCGAAGACUUGGGAAACGUUAUAGAUGCUGUGAUGAACGGCGAGGAAGGGAGGAGGAUGAGGAGCAGAGCUCAAGAACUUAAAAAGAUCGUGAGGGCAGGUACUUGCCUGGAGAGAAAUCUUCGACAGCUCAAGGAUGUGAUCAUAGCCGCGUCUCAAUAGGGGCCUGCAAUACCAUCUGGAUUCAUACUUGAUCAAAGAGACAACUGUGGUGAGCAUGGGAUCGAUUGCUUAUCCAUCCUUCAGUGUCUGCUGCAAGGGUUAUUUUUUCUGUGAUCCCGUUUGGAUGGGGAUGGACUACUGCAAUGGAAUGGAGGACAGCUCUCGAUCUCCAUGCCCGCUCGCUCGCUCGCAGCAAUCUCGCAGUCGAUCGAAACGCACAAAGAGUGGAUUGAGAGAAGAAUCCACGAUAAGGACUAGAAUGAUGGAGAACUUGAAAACAAUUGUGCGAGAGAAGGUACUUGCCUCGAUAAUCUUUACCUCGUA